AUGGAGAGGAUAAGAAAAGAGAUGAUUCUGAUGGAGAGGGGGCUGCACAGUCCCGUUGCAGCCAAGCGCCUCUCCAACCUGUCGGACUCGAACGGCGGCGGCGCGGUGCUCGAGGCCCUGGAGAACUCCGCGCACGCGGGCCGCCUAAGCCCCAGACUGCCCCCGGCCUCGCUGCACGGCGCCCUGGGCGACAUGCCCGCCAAAGGCAAGUUCGAGAUCGACAGCCUGUUCGGGAACCACCACCCGAGCGACAACAGCGCUUCGGCCGACAUCUCGAGCUCGGACGGCAGGAAAAAAGUGAGCCUGUACCCGGAGGUGUCCACCGACUCCGAAAUGAACAGCGACGUGGAAGUGGGGUGUCCGGCUCACCGCUCACCGGGCAGCGCGAGCCAGCACAAGGAAAACAACAACAAAGGUUUCUCUGACAGUAACUCAGGCAGCUCCAACUCGAGCUCCUCGUCUGUCUCCAACCACAACUCCAUCGGGAGCUCCAACAACUCCAGCUCAGACCAGGUGCGCAGGUACCGCACCGCUUUUACCAGAGAGCAGAUCGCCAGACUGGAGAAGGAGUUUUACAGAGAAAAUUAUGUCUCUCGACCCAGGAGGUGUGAGCUAGCUGCAGCGUUAAACCUGCCUGAGACCACAAUAAAGGUGUGGUUCCAGAACCGGCGAAUGAAGGACAAGAGGCAGCGCCUGGCCAUGUCCUGGCCACAUCCGGCCGAUCCCAGCUUCUACACCUACAUGAUGACGCACGCGGCAGCGACCGGAAGUCUGCCCUACCCAUUCCACUCUCAUAUGCCCCUGCACUAUUACCCCCACGUCGGUGUGACGGCGGCGGCGGCGGCGGCCGCAGCUUCGGGCGCCGCGUCCUCGCCCUUCGCCACCUCCAUCCGGCCCCUCGACACGUUCCGCGCGCUCUCGCACCCCUACUCGCGGCCCGAGCUGCUCUGCAGUUUCCGCCACCCGGGACUAUACCAGUCGCCCGCGGGCCUCAACAGCUCGGCGGCGGCUUCGGCGGCAGCGGCGGCGGCAGCGGCAGCAGCGGCCGCGGUCAGCGCGCCCUCCGCCACUGGGCCCUGCUCGUGCCUCAGCUGCCACAGCAGUCAGGCGGCCGGGGCGCUGGGCUCGCGCGGCGCCGGCUCUGACUUCACGUGCACGGCGAGCGCGCAGCGCUCCGAGAGCGGAUUCCUGCCCUAUUCGGCCGCCGUGCUGAGCAAAACCGCCGUGCCCUCGCCUGACCAGAGAGAAGAAAGCGCUCUCAAUAGAUAA